CUCGGGAACGGAACUGCGUCUUAAUAUUGUCAUCUCUCUUUCGAAUCAUACAUGUGUGAAGUCUCCAAACUCCGACGUGAUCCGAAAUGAUUGCACUCGCGGAAGACCCUCCCCAUCCUUAGAUCCUACUCGACGAGGCUCCUGGUGGUCGUAAAAACUUCGGAAGGGGAAAAGAUACCCGUAAGCAUUUGGUGGCGCACCCUAUGUCAAGACAGGGCUGCUCUUGAUCUGAGGAUCGCCUGUCCCCAUUAAGCAGCUAAGGGUGCUCACGUACAUCGCCGCCACGUGCUAAACGUCAUCUCAGCUGCUGCUGCAGCCUGCAACUGAGCCUGAUGCUGACGGUUCAGUAGACUCAGUUUGGUGUCUACCAUGUCCACCUGGUACUCAAGAUGGACUCCUGGUCUUCCGUCAAUAAACCUUCCGUUUCCUACGAGCAUCCAGCGGCGUUUCAUAUCCUUUGUCCUCAAGAAGUCUCUUGGACACCUGCUGAAACCCGGCCAACUCGAUAUCGAGCAAAUCGACUCUCAACUGGGUAGCGGGCAUGUCCAGAUAAACGAUUUGGAGCUGGAUAAUGAGGCAAUCAACAAGACAUUAGCUGGACUCCCGGUCGAGUUGCGCCAAGGCUCUAUCUCGUCUGUCACAGCACGCAUCCCCUGGCCGAAUCCUCUGACCUCUGUCGUCGGGCUGUCUGCGAAGGGACUGCAUCUCACGUUCCAUCUACUGGCACCGGGGAGCGCUGCAAGCACAGACCCCCAUCACAAUCUGGCCGAUUCGGUCGCGGAUAUGGCGGGUUCUUUCGUGCAUGAUGAGCUCACGACGACAGAGGAGGCCGCGCUGCGCGAGUCGUUCUAUCCCGCGGAACAAAUCGUUCCCGGCGGGAUGGACCCCUUCAUUGCUGCGCCUGAGGAGGAGAUGGCUGCUGAAGUCCAGGAGAUACGCGAUGCUGACCCCGCUGGGGUGUCCAUCUUUGCAACGCUCAUUGAACGAUUACUUGCUCGGUUCGAAUUCGACGCGGCCGACACGACCAUAACGCUAGUGCAUCCUGAUCACACGAGCUUCUCCUUAUGCAUCUCUGAGACCAUGUACUGUACCGAGCAGCGAGCGGAGGAGGCUAAUCAGGCUGCGGGGCCCAGUAAACCUUCUGGAGAGACGCGGAUGAUCACCGUGUCUGGUUUGUCGGUCAAGGCCAUCGACAUCCGCCCCUCAUUAGGCAUUCCGUUCGCCCAGACGUCUCCCGUAUCCUACUCUCCGAGCACCGGAUUAGCGCCUCCAUCUCGAUCGUCGUCCCCGGCUUCCUCCUCCUCUUCCCUGGAUGACGAAUCUCAUGCGAUGAUGACCCAGUCCCUAGCAUUUCUUCCCCCGAGGCCGGCAUCGCCCGCUAGUUCUGUUGCGAGCAGCAUGUAUGAAAGCGCGAUAUCGUAUGCCCCGGAUCUAUCCGGCGAAGAUGCACUCUCCGAAGACCGCAACACUCUGCGGCACACCUCACUCGCUGAUACAUUAACGAAAGACACCACAGACACCAUUCUGUCCUUCGGGCCUGAUCCUCUGGUGCUCAGGGUGACGACCCCCGUGCCUCAGAGCGGCUUGACGACAGAUGUUGCUGAAGUGAUUGAUGUCUCGCUUCACAUACCAGUCAUUGCUUUUGGUUUCGCCGCCUGGCAUAUCAACGGAGCCUUGCAGGUGGUCGAUGUGUUGUCCCGGGCGUUCACCAAGGAAGAGGUUGAGAGAGACCCGACCCCGCAGGCCAGCUUGAACCUGCGGAUACAGGCUCGCGCGAGAGGACUCAUUGCUGUUCUGUUACCCUCAGUUCCAGGCACGCGUGCAGCUCUUCCAACAGACUUUUUCGAGCGACCGCUCCUUCCGCCCAAGAUCCCGCAGCCUUACAUCCGACUUCACCUGGAGAACCUGAAUGUAUCUGCGGACAAAGAUGCGUUCAAGGCCGCUUUGGAGGAGAUGUCCGGCUUUGUUGUCCACCGCUCGACAGAGGACGAGUCUUCGCUCGCAUCGCCUUUGUUCAUCACCGAUCAUCAUCUCCAAACUCAAUACGAUCCUGGGCAUACGGACAACGAAUCAGAUCUACCCACUUUCCAGAUAUCUGAAUCGACGAAAAUGGCUGGACUGAAAGUCUCGCAGUGGAGGACCAAGCUGAAAUCAAGGGCCCGCAGAAACAGCGACGCGCUUUUCGAGGUUCCUCCUGCUAUUUCUAUCACAGGCAAGCGAACUACGUUGGCUCAGCGCAUGUCGACAUCCAUCGAGGUCGCAGUAGAACCUCUCCAUCUUUUUGUCGAUCUCCAGCUUCUGGCCGAUGAGAUGGGCGUUCUCGCGUUCUUGAACGAGAUCGCAGUGCCUGGUGGUGGUGUCGCCAUUCCCGUUGACGACGAGUCCGAUAUAUCGACACCUCCAGCUAGCCCCCAUGCUCGUCGAGAGAAGGAGCGCCAGCGACUGGAGCAGAUCGUACUGGACGAUCUUGGUCUUGAGGCAGACUAUCGGCCGAAGGCGCCGAAACCUCGGCUCAACUCUUCGCCCGGCUCCCCCCGCAAGCAGCAGAAAGCACGAAAUGACGAUCGGAAUACUACUCAGAUUUCAGUGCACUGCUGCAUGAUACGGGUGCAGGUGCGCAGCCCGCCCCCUCCAGAGAAGAGGGUGAGAUCGGGUGCUCUGGUGCUCGAUGUACAUGGCAUCUCCCUUUCCACAGAACCGGCUGUCCUCAAGGCCUCGGCCAGAUUUGCCUCGGGGACGGAACCUCCUACGGGAGAGCACGUGAUGACUGCUUCGGUUUCUCGCAUCCUGCUUGCUAUAGCUGCCGCGGAUGACCCGAAAGCAUCCGGCUUUCUGUCUAUUGGACCACUGCCUUCACUUCAAAGCGUCGAAACUCCAUUGCCGUGCCAGCUGACCUUCACGAAACCGAACGCAUCUUCGGCAGUGGUGGCUGUGCGGCUGCCUUCCAUCUACUUGCCGCUGUCCAAAACCCAAUUCGAUGCGCUGCAGUACUUUGCCGACGAUGCGUCGCAGGCCUUGCAGCGCAUUUCCAGCGACAAGGAGUCGGAGAGCAAAGACUCUAGCUUGAUCGGCAGCCGUUUCUUUGCCAAGUCUCGCACAGCAAGUGGAAUUACGGCUGGCAUUGACAGUGGGCGAAGUCUCAAGAGCGCAACACUAAUCAAGAUCGAAGUUUCUGAGGUGCUCGUCCAGGUGAUGGUUCCCAGGGAACCCUCCGGUGUCUAUCCUCUCAAGGCUUCUGCCUCUGAUUUGGACGUACUGGUCCAAGUCAAACCGGAGGGAAAGGACAAGACAGUUGUUACACUUUCUGUCUCGAAUCUCGAUAUACUGAACAGCUCAGCGGUGGGUGACCUCCAGUCACUCUUGGCACUGACGAUUCCUCGGGGCCUGGCUUCCGGGUCCAAGCCCCUGCUCAAGCUCGGCUUCACAUCCUUAGUCGUUCCUGGCACAACGGUGAAAGAGACGCGGGUCAAGAUUGCUCUAUGGGGAUUCACAUGCGAUGUAUCGCCCGACGUCCAAUGGGCGAAGGAUCUAGGGCUUUUCAUCAAGCCUCCGCCGGGGGCCUUCGAAACUGUGGCACCCACUGAGCGCACUCAAGUCUCGCUGCAAAUCACCGACGGCUCGGUCCGGAUCAAGGCGGCAGAGCAUCCUGGCAUUCUCGUCGCCCAUGCCGAAGCGCUCAGCUUUGCGACGGUGGUCGGAGAUCAAGAGACACCGGACAGCUCGUUUGAUCUUGCAGUUGGCGGACUGGCUCUGCUCAUGGUCGACAAUGGCGCAGACGUCGUCCGGCCGGCUGCUCACCACAGCAUGCACGGCGUGCGAUUCUGGAGAAAAUCGGGUUUUGCGCUCCUCACUGAGCUUUCGGAUCUUGACCUUGUUUUCAAGUCCAGCUCAGCCUCGGAUAUCCAAGUGAUCAUCAGCCGUGUCAACCUUCAUCUACAUCUUUGCGCUGACUCGCUCUCGGCUGUGGGGGACUACGCCAAAGAUUUGGCUGCAGCUUUCAAGACUUAUGAAGAAUUGGCUGUCAAACCCAAACAGACUCCUGCAGUGGUCUCGAGUUCGGUCUCGAAGGAAGCACUGAUGGCCUCAGUUGAAGAGAUGGCUUUCAGGAGCGUACCAGAGGUGGGACCGCCGCCCGAUAUGAUCCAGGACGAUCUGCCCACCAAUAUGGACUACCUUGACGAGUCCUUCGGUGCCGCAGCGGGACUGCGAGAACUCAACGACGAUGAUCUGGAUGACUUUGCCGCCCACGACAACGCACGGGGCAGUCCAGAUCCGGGUAUCGUCUCGGUCGUUGGUGGUGAGACCGUGAAGAUGCUCCGGCCCGAGGGGCUGCAUAUCGUGGAACACCAUUUCGAUGCAUUGCCACCGGAUACCUCCGACGGGUCGGCAAAUCUGGGUGCUACCACUGCCAAAGUCAGAGUCAGCAACGCUAACAUCAAUGUGCUCUUGUAUGAUGGUUACGACUGGGCAAGGACACGCAGAACCAUCGAGGACGAGGUCAAGCAGAUGCGGAAGCGCCUCGCCAAGAUCCGACAGCUCGUUGCAGGUGGCCAAACGCAGGAUCCCCACCUCGAAGAAACCAGCGCGCUGCUGUUCAACUCUGUUUACAUCGGCUUGGAGCAAGACGUUGACGAACUCGAGCCUGGAGAGAUCAUCGCUGCUAUCGACGAAGAGCUUCGCGACGACUUUGAGACCACGAGCCAAAGCUCUUGGCAAUCUCUCCGACCAGCGGGAGCACCUGCCCAGAGCAAGUCUCCGGCUUUGCACGGCAAGCGUUUAAAACGGUCAAAGACACCGAGCAUCGAGUUUCAGCUGAAGGGCAUGGGUGCCGAAGUUGAUCAAUUCAAGCCAGAUGAGGCGAUCGUAUCGAGAGUGUUCUUCACCAUCAAGGAUCUGGAGAUUCUGGACCACAUCAAGACCUCGACUUGGAAGAAGUUUUUGACAGAACUGCAUUCCGAUUCGAGGGGGAACAUCCGUGAAACGGAUUCUAACAUGGUCAGAGUGGAGUUGCGGAGUGUGAAGCCGGUCCCAGGACACCCUUCUGAGGAAGCUAGGUUACGGGCCAAGAUUCUCCCUCUGCGACUUUAUGUCGACCAAGAUGCUCUCGAUUUCCUGAAGAAGUUCUUCAGCUUCAAGGACCCUCAAGCAGCUCCGCCCGGAGAACCGGAUGCGGGUGGCGAUAUAUACUUCCAACUUGCCGAGAUCUUCCCAGUCGAUCUCAAGUUGGACUACAAGCCCCGGCGCGUCGACUACCGUGCGCUGCGAGAGGGCAAGACGAUUGAACUCAUGAACUUUUUCCACUUUGACGGCGCGGAAAUGACACUGCGGCAGAUAACACUCGCCGGGAUCAGCGGAUGGCCGAGAUUAUUCGAUCUGCUCAACGAUAUUUGGACACCGGAUGUGAAAGCCACCCAACUCGUUGACGUCAUCUCUGGUGUCGCGCCCAUCCGCUCAGUGGUCAACGUAGGCUCAGGCGUGGCAGAUCUCGUCCUACUGCCUAUCGCCCAGUACAAGAAGGAUGGCAGAAUUGUGCGAGGUGUCCAGAAGGGGACGACGGCCUUCUUCAAAUCCACUGCAGUGGAAGCAAUCAGGCUGGGCGCUCAUCUUGCGACAGGGACCCAGGUCAUUCUCGAGCAAGCAGAAGGUCUGCUAGGUGGCCAGUUCCAGUCUCCAGUCACGACAGAAACUGUCCCGGGUCUGUCCUACCCGCGCACCGGAAGUGACGGCGAGGAUUCAUCGGACGAGCGCGAGGAUCUCAUUAGCAAGUACGCUGAGCAACCGACCGAUCUCAAAGAGGGCAUGCAAUCUGCAUAUCGAAGUUUGCAACGGAAUCUGAAUUCCGCUGCGCAAACAAUCCUCGCUGUUCCGAUGGAAGUCUACGAACGCUCAGGGAACGAGGGACCCGUUCGCUCUGUUAUCCGCGCUGUCCCAAUUGCUGUUCUCAAACCCAUGAUCGGCGCCAGCGAAGCCGUGAGCAAGACUCUGCUUGGACUACAUAACACGCUGGAUCCCAAUAUCCGGCAUGAGAACGAAGCCAAGUACAAACAUCGAUAG